AAUUUUUUGAUCUUUUCUUCGAAUAUAACGCCUCCGCGUUUCCCCUUCUUUCCUUAUCGAGGAAAACCCUAAACGCCCCACCCUCCCUCGACGGAACCCUAGCUUCGGAUCGUCGUCGAAGGAGGAGAUGGCGAACCGGACGGAUCCGGCGGCGAAGAGCAUACACGGGACGAACCCGCAGAACCUGGUGGAGAAGAUCCUGCGGUCGAAGAUUUACCAGAACACCUAUUGGAAGGAGCAGUGCUUCGGUCUCACCGCGGAGACGCUGGUGGACAAGGCCAUGGAGCUCGACCAUCUUGGCGGCACCUACGGUGGCAGCCGCAAGCCCACCCCUUUCAUGUGCCUCGUCAUGAAGAUGCUCCAGAUCCAGCCCGAGAAGGACAUAGUCGUCGAGUUCAUCAAGAACGAGGACUACAAGUAUGUUCGAGUUCUCGGGGCUUUCUACAUGCGCCUCACCGGGUCGGUCACCGAUGUGUAUCAGUAUCUGGAGCCGCUCUACAACGACUACCGCAAGCUUCGCCGGAAGCUACCUGAUGGAAAGUUUUGCUUGACUCAUGUGGAUGAAGUCAUUGACGAGCUGCUCACAAGAGAUUACUCCUGUGAUAUUGCUCUCCCACGGGUUCAGAAGAGGUGGACUCUUGAAGCUUCUGGGAUAUUAGAACCCAGAAGAAGUGCUUUAGAAGAAGAUUUUGAAGAGGAAGAAGAAAAGGAAGAGGAUGAGCAAGCUAUGGAUGCCUAUGAAGCUGAUGCUCAUGAAAAGGAUUACUAUCAUGGACGGAGUCCCACUAGGGAAAGAGAUAGGGACAGAAAACGGGACAGCUAUAGAUAUCACAGGGACAGAGACUAUGAUCGGGACUAUGGAAGAGGACGUGAAAGAGAUCGAGAUAGGGACAGAGAACACGGUAGAGAUAGGGAUAGAGAAAGAGAUAGGGACAGGGACAGAGACCGCUAUCGUCCAAGAGAUGAGAAAGAUUAUGGUCGAGAGAGGGAGCGAGAGAGGGAUAGGGAUGGCAGAGAGCGGGAGAGAAGAGAUCGAGACCGUGGACGGCGUAGGAGUCGUUCAAGGAGCAGGAGUAGAGAUCGCCGAGAACGAGACCGUGAAGAUGGUGAUUACCGUAAGAGGCGUGCUCGUGGCAGUGCAAGCCCUCGGAGGCGGCCUGAGGAGGAUGGUGGUGCUCGGGAGGAGCCCAGGAAGAAGAAGGAAAAGAAAGAGAAAAAGAGUGAUGGAACUGAUCACCCAGAUCCAGAGAUUGCAGAGGCCAAUAGACUUCGUGCUUCACUUGGGCUGGCACCUCUGAAGCUGUGAACAAAUUAGCAUUGUGUAUAGUCAUGUGGAAGAAUGACUCGAGAAUUUUAACAGUUUGAUCCUGGCGAUUAAGUUUCCAGUCUGCACAACUGCACAAUGGCAUCUUCCUCUCUGUAGAUUUUGAAAAAAAAAAAGGAACUACAUGAUGCUUUGAUGUAAUGAAGUCUAGUUUUUUUCCCCCGUCGUUCUUAUCUCAGCACUUUUUACCAAUGUCAUGGUUGGGUUUUGACCUCCAUUGAUGGAUUGGAACCCUUCUGUCUUCAGGGGGAUAAAGGAGACCUUGGAUUGAAGAAUGACAUAAAUCAUCAUCUGUCUCUAUUUCUAUAAUAUUUUAAUUUACCUUUUUAUA